AUGAAUAUAGAAUCAUCAUCAUCUUCAGAUAUUACAUCAAACACUCCAUUGAAUAUAUCAACAGCAAGCACCAACAACAAUAAUAAUAGUGGUGGUGGUCUAGAUGAAAGCAGUAGCAAUCUAAGCGAGAGAGAGGUAUACCUCAAGGCGUUGAUCAGCUCGGCCGAGUACUCUGGUCCUCCAAAGCGAUCAAUCUAUUUAGAGGAUGACCCAUCGAUAUUUGACGAGGACGACCCACAACUCAAAGAGGAUAUCAUCCGCAUGAUCAUACAAGCAACACUAUCGCGCUGGACAGAUGAAGAAGAUGAAAAAGGCAAUCUUGGAAGGCGACUGGACCGAGGUGGAGAAGUUGUGUCAAAAGUCGACGUUCAAGAACCAACAAUCGUUCUUGUACGCCGUCUACAAGCAGGCGUAUCUCGAGUUGCUCGAGAAACAAGAGUUUCAAAAGGCGUUUACCUACCUCACCAAGCGUCUCAAGCCGCUCGAGGGCCGCCAAAACAACGUCGACGAGUUCAAAGACCUCUGCUACCUGCUCACGUUGGGUCGCAUUUGGCCAGUGCAACAGGCGACGGUAUCGUCCGCAUCUACGAUAUUGCGACACCAGAGAAACCAGCACAUCUCUCGACGAUUGCAGCACAUGAAGGUGACGCAUACACAGUCCAGUUCCAUCCGGGUGGCAACCACAUUGUCACGGGUGGCUAUGACAAGUCACUUCAUCUCUAUGACGUGCGUACUGGACAGUUGGUCAAAUCACUCAUUGGACACAGCAGCAGUGUCACCCGCGCAAUCUUUAAUCCACACGGAAACCUUGUCAUUACGGGCAGCAAGGACUGUACCAUCAAGUUUUGGGAUCUUGUCAGUGGUGUCUGUAUAAAAACGCUUAGCUCGCAUCUUGGUGAAGUCACAAGUGUGUCGACCACCACAAGCGGCACCUAUCUCUUGUCGGCCAGUAAGGACAAUUCGAAUCGUCUCUGGGAUAUUCGUACGGCCCGUCCCGUCAAGCGUUUCAAGGGACACCAAAACACCUCUAAAAACUUUAUCCGUUCUGCAUUUGGACCCAAUGAAUCUUUGGUCAUUGGUGGUUCCGAAGACGGCAGUGUCUAUAUUUGGGACAUUGAAACUUGUAACAUACUUCAAAAAUUAAAUGGUCAUCAAGGUAUGGUUUAUUCUGUACAGUGGUCGCAACAACAAUCUGUUUUGGCCAGUAGUUCUCAUGAUAAUACUGUCAAAUUAUGGUGGUAUGAUCCUUCUUUUCCAAUUUUAUCUUCAGAGGAAUAA